CGCUGUCGUAGUGGGUUGUAAUCGUCCCCUCAGGUAAACUCACUGCUCCUCACCAGGUACAUGUGUCAGUGGGUGACCCUGGCUCGUCACCUUACUUUUAUCCUUUGGCUCCCCGUGUCUCUUUGGAUUGGUUUGAUCUUUACGUACAAUUCUUGGCCGUUUGGCUUCCCUUCUUGCGCUGCUUCAUUUCAUUGCGAUCUCAUCAACGGCUUUUAAUCUCUUCGCCUUAAUUCGCCCUCUCAUCUUCCCCACAACCUGUCUCGCACCUGUCCGCCAGGUGUUUGCCAGCUGCCCGCCGAAACUCUAAAAUUACCGGCCCAGUUUGUCGACGACGCAACUAGAUUAGCGUCUCUGAUCUGCUUGCCGGGCUCAGCGCCGCCCCGUCUUUGGCCUCUGUGUCUCUCCAAACAGCAGAGGGUACCGUUGCUUCCCUACCACCUCGCGUCAACGUCGCCUUCUUGUCUCCUCCAUCACCACACGACAACGCCAUACGGCAUACGUCUCUCCUCCCGUUUCCUUAGUCAAUUCGUGUUGGAAACCGUUGUUCUUGGGACGUCAUCUCCUUUUUCCUCUCCUCACGCCCAGUCUCGUCGUGAUUCAUCCUUACCUCCUCGACUCUCGGCUCUCUAACCCCCAAUCGACGCCGUCUUUCCCUUCCUUUCUUUGCCCAGCGCUUGUCUCGCCCGACUCUCUUUUUGCUCGCCAACGAACCACACACCACUCGCUAUUUUUGUUCCAAGUCUCUCGGCAUCGCUCUUCGCUUGGCAACUCGCUUCGUCUUGGUCUUUCUCGCAUAGUAAUGUGCACAUCUGGACACAACCUAUCAGAUUAAGCAUCGCUUCUUGCAGACGGUUCACCAUGGCAGGCUGGGGUGUUGAUGAUCAUAUGCACAACUACUGUCCCGAGACAGGGUUCUGCAUUUACAACAAUACCAUUGUCGAUACCAAUGUCAGAUUUAGCCAUUGGUACCAAGAAGCCAACCUGAUUAUCGGUAGUGCCGCCUUUGUGGUGCCUGUCUUGAUUAUCACCUCUUACUACAUUGCUCGCUAUGUAUACUCAACAGCCUCGCAUCUAUCUUCAUCAUUAAAAACUAUCACAGCACCAAACACGAGGCCGAAUACACCGUACGCUUCAGAGUGUUCCCUCGAUUGGCCGCUCAUCUCAAUAUUGCCGUUUGCUUAUCCUAAGCCUGGCAAAGAGAUUGAUGAUGACACUAGCGAGGAGGAAGUGGAUGCAGAAGACUCGCCAGUUGGAUGUCUAGAUUUGGCUGCUCUUCAACCCAACUCGCUGACAUCUUCCGACAUUGACGGCACAGUUGCUUUCUUGGUCCAGGGAGCCCGCAAGAGACAGCUUGCCGCCCUUGCCAUCCGCUGUGGCUCUGGCUCUGCGUUGAAGGAGGUCAACAAGCUCUUGUCCAAAUUGCACAAGGAGCUGCAAGAUGAAAUUAAGAUUGUUUUCCAAGCUCACCAUGACGCGUCGCUAUGGUCUGAUGUUGACCUCAGCCCAACAGCCGGUGUCAUCAUUGAAAACGCAUGCAUAAUCCCCAAUGGCGAGCGGAGAGAUUACUUUCACUCUCAGGCUCUGCGCCAGAUUGUCGCCCGUGCAGCGGAUCAGCGCGAUGGCAAGCCCGAGUACUUUCUCGGUUUCCUCGAACUCUGGGAGGAGCAACCUCAUCCUGCCGUCAUUCGCCGCGCCAUCAAGCUGGCAGAGCAUUUCGGUGCCCAUCUUGAGCAUGGCCCAGCAUCCGCCAUUGUCGCAUCCGAGAAAGUUGCCCCUGCUGCUACCACACUCAGCGCUUUUGAGUACCUCAAGCGUUCCGAGAUUAGCAAGCUGCAAUCGUGCUGGACAUCAGCUAGUCGCAAGGUGAAGAUCUCCAGUGACACCUCCAACAGCCGCUCCCUCAACACCAAGAUGCUCACCUCAGUGAUCCCCGAAGCGACCAAGUUGUUUGAGCAUGAAGAGCUUCCCGAGCAACUGGUUGUUGUUCGCGCUGAGGAGCCCGUCUUUGUCAACUCCCCAGAGUACCUAGCUGUCGCUCCCAAGUGCGACAACUUUUGGCACAGCGCUCGUGAUGGUACGGUUCUGUCCCCCCACGGCUGCUACUCUAUCUACACAGAGCCCACUGUCGAGGACUACGCUGCUAUUGUACAGUCACAGAAGCACCUCAAGGAGCUUAACCUUUUGCUCUCUGUAGAAGGCACCGAAUCGUCGCGCAUGAUUCAAGCUUUCCGUUCGCUGGCCAGCAAGGGCAGAUGUGCUUCCCUGGUCCAAGAUCUCGUCAUUGGUCUUGAAUCAUCGGAUAUUUGCGUUUACAAGGGCAUGGACACUGGAUUCAAGCUUCCUGAAGGCGCCACUUCCUUCUGGGGUGUUUCGACCAACCGCGAUGCUACCUACACCAUGUCUGUUGAUAUCUUCAUCUCCCAAAAGGCUCCCAACGCCAUUGCGGCAGUCCUGCACACCUGGUUGGCGCAUCACCGCGUGGGCCGCGACGUUCGCUUCGAAUAUGAAGCUCUGCUUGAGUCCCUGACAAUGAAGGGUGCCAACGGUAUCCUGCCUUCCAGCAUUGCUGCUAGCAUCUCUCAGGCCACGCACGCCGAAACCUUGCAGCUCCUGGAACGUAUCAAUGUCACUGAGCUCAGUGGCCGCCUCCGCGAUGCCAUUGUCGGCCACUGCCAAUUGGUUCUCAUUGACCAGACUACCGUCACUCACCGCAUGCACACAUACGGACGUUACCUUCUUGAUGGCUCCAUGACUAUGGAGCAGGCUCUGGCUUCACGUCUAGAGGACUACGCUCGCCUUGGGGCUACCUCGUUGCCUGCUCUGGCCAACCUGGUUCAAUUCCAUGAGCUUCUUAGCAAGGCCAUCCGCGAGGCUCUGUUCCACGGUAACCGUACUCACUUGAACGCAUUUGCCCUUGCUCUUCGCAGCGCUUUGAACCCGUUCUCUGCCUCGAGCGAGCAGCACUAUGUCGACGUCAACGCCGAUCUCUUUGCCCUCAUCUUCUUUAGCGUGUUGCGCCAGUCGGCCUUUGAGGAAGUCUACAUUGAGUCUACGGAUAGAUGUCCACUCCUGCUUCAGCCUGACCAAGCCGCUGUUUUUGCUGAGCUCUGGGUCCUCGGAUCGCAGUGUGAGAUAUACUUUGGUAUUUUGCCUCGCGAUCUAGGCGAGAUUAUCUACCACCGAUACCACAGUGUUUUGCUCAACCGACCUCCCCGCACUUCCGAUCGAACAGACAACGAAAUCAUGACAAUGUACAGCGAUGUCAGCGCCGCCAACAAGAAGCGUACCAAGAAGGAUGUCAAGACGACCGCGGCAACGAUGCACGAGCGCAAAGAAAAAGUCAAGGAGAUGAUUGCCAACCUUGGCGCCAUGAGCUUUUUCUGUGCCCCUGCUAUCAUUGACGUCGUUUUGCUGACAUUCCUGGGACGUGGUUUGCUCAUGACGGGUUUCUUUGACGAUUCCCACCACUUGAGUGCCGCUGUCUAUGGUAUCCUCCUCUCCCUGCUUGUCUCUGCCGGUGUUGUAGGCUGGGCUGGUAGCACGGGUAACUAUUACCUUGCCCACUACGCUUAUGAUAACAUGAUCCAUUUUCAUGUGUCUCGCAUUGCUUCUGGUAUCAUCGUUUCCUUUCUGAUUGGUGUUGUGGGCGUCAUUGUCAUUACUCCCAUCUAUGACAUUGGUGCCGGUUUCGUCUUCAUGGGCUACAUGAUUGGUGUCACAACCUAUCUCAAUCUCCUCGGUAUCUUGUCGACUAUGCACCAAAAGGACUCUCCGUUGACCUCCGGUCGUACUGUCGUUUGGCGUACAUUCCCCGUUCUCUUCAUUUCUCCCGUCCUAUCCACUUUUGUUCCUCACUACGACUUGGCCAUCUACCUGAGCGUUCUCUACGUUUUCUUGUUUUUGGUGCUCUACCAAUACAGCAUCAUCUGCCACGAGUGGUCUGGCUGGGUAGACAAAAUGCAAAAGUUUGGUGAAAAGGAUAUCGUUGCCUGGCACGAAAAGAGAAUGGAGGCGGCGUCCAACGGCAAGGAAAAUGCCGCCUCCCAGAGCCAAAAGGAGCCCCUUGAAGCCUUCCGCAACGCCAUUGAUGGUUACAAAAGACGAUCUGCGGCAGCUCGCUCCUCUGGCAUUCUUAACGACCCCUUUGUGGCCAAGAUUGCACACAGUAUGCCGUACAUUGAUUGGUUGUUUAAGAAGGCUGCUCCCAAUGGGAAGCUGCCUCCCGCUUUUAGCAGUGGUUGGUUUACUCAGCUUGGUGAAGCCCAAAACCAACAACGUCAGCUGAUCCGCGGUCUCAAGGAGCAUAACAUUGUUAUUCUCUACCGCAUGGCUCGCUUCGACAUUGGCCAGAGUGUCGGUCUCUUCCUGAUUGCUCUCAUGGACCGAUGGGUUGGUAUCGUCAUGGAAGGGAGAAACCCUCGACCAAACUUGUAUGGCGGCUACCCUGUCACGAAAUCGAAUCCGUUCACUGGCGGCGAUGAUCCAAGCAAAACCCCUGAUAACCCCCAGCCACGAUAUGCCGUCUGCUUCGACCUAAUCUACUUUUGUUUGUCUGUCAUGAUCCUGGACAUGGUCUUGCAAAACUACUGGGGCUUCCGCUUCGAGGCUUCCAAGGAGCCGCUUCGUGAUUUCGCUCACUCCCAAGCAGUCCAACAGGCUGCCGAGCGCAAGCGCCGCUACACCUUCCUCAAGGCGUUGCUUGAGCUUCUUCUGCGACAGUGUAUUCUGUUUGGAGCUGCCACACUUCUUCUCUGGCUCUUUGUCGAUCAGACUAUUCCUAUUGCUGUCUACUACCUGUACAUUGUCGGCUACACCUGCGUCAUCAUCUUCCAGUUCAACCGCUGCUUCACCACCAACCUCAAAGCUCACAUUACUACCAUCUUUGUAUCUGGCUUUAUUGGUUUCCUCGUUGGCUGCACGCUCCGUGCUAUCCCUGCUACCGCCUCUUUGUUCUUCAGUGAGAUUGCUGCGCAGACUACCGCCUCCGUGUUGGCUGCUCUUGGUACUUCUCUCUGGUGCUGGAAGGACUUCUUCGCCAAGGAGACGGAUCCUUUGAUCUACACCAAGAAGUCUUCUAGUGAUCAGGAUGGCCUCUGGAUCCAGCGCAAGAUUAGCGCCGAGUCCGAGGUCCGCGCUACAAUCAACUCCUCCCAGGCCCAGCGCAUUGGUGGUCGUGUUAUCCGCGGCCGUGUCAGCUCGCCUGUCUGCGAAGAUGUUGGUCGCCGCCUCCGCGAUAGUUUAGCCCAGAGCAAGCACGCUGGUGAUGCCCUGGAAGAUCAGGAGCUUCUUGAGCGCGCUGUUGCACUUUGGCAGGGCGGCCGCAUUGAAGUUGUCGCUGUUCCCUCCAUUGACUUCUCCUCUCUUGGAAUGGGCGAUGCCUGCUCCUUCAGUCACAUUGACGAUGACGGCAACCUGAGCAUCAAGCUUGGUAUGUUUGGUGAGGCUGAACUUGGUCUUUCCUCCUGGCACCCUGUCCUGGCCAUCGUUGCUGCUGAGUGCAUCCUGUACCAUGUUGCCCGCGUAGAAUACGGUAAGACUCACAGCCAAGCUGUCCGCGCCGAGCACUACCUUGACGGUACUGUGUCCAUGUCCAAGCGUAUUGAGAUUGAGAUCCUCAUCGCUGACCCCGAGCUUUUGCUCCGCUAUAUGGGCCGCACAAACACCGAGGUAAUGCGCCGUCUGUGCUGGGACCUGGACGUCGAUGUCGAGUGGCAGCAUCUGCCCCAGUCUGUGCGCGAGGCUAUUCUCCUUCGCAUCAGCGAGAAGCCUGUUGCCUGGAACGAUGAUGUCCGCCAGUGGGUUGAAGACCGCGGCAUUGACAUGGCAACCAACGACUUUCACCUCGUGCUCUGCCUGGCUGUCUUCCGCGCUUGCUGGCAACGAUACGAGUCCAGUGCCGCGUUGCUGGCGGAUGUUGAGCAGUUCCACGCAUCUGAAACCAUGGCUGAUCUUAUUCCUGUCCGCAUUGUCAAUGGCAAGGCUACGCUUAUUGAGCGCAUCUUUGGCAGCAUCGCCGCCGUUCCUCUAUCCGCUGUAAAGUGGGUGGCUAUUAUCAGCGGCGGCGCAACCAACAUUGAACGUGAGCUCAAGUAUAAGUUCAAGAACGUCCUCAUUGGCACCUUUUUCCUGCGCACAACCCUUCUGGCUUGGAGAAUCUGCAAGUUCUUCCGCGAAUGCCUUGUUCACACUCUGCUCCUCUACGGCCGCCACUCUCUGAAGAGCGUCGCCACUCUGGUCUUUAGCGGCGAGCAGCGACGCAUUACCAACAACUCUGUUGCUGUUGUUCGCCCUCGCAAGCCCAUCACUGCCUUUGUCAACGCUGAUUGCGGCGAUGAGGGAGCCUACCUCGUUCUGGAUGCCUACGAUGAGAGCCUGCAGGCCGCCCCCGAAAACAAGACUGCCUCUUUCAAAGCGUCCUACGAUGACUCCUUCCGCCUGAUCCGACGCGACGAGAGCGAUGGUACCUACUGCACUUACACCUACAGCUCCGACAAGGAGAAGCGCUGGCCUCUGUAUCGCGAACAUUUUGACAAGGACACCAAGAUUGUCGGCUUCUACGACAAGUACGGCCGCAUUCAGCACGGUACCAUGGCCAUUGGCACAACGGAAAUCACCUUUGCCUACCAGUACAAGACUACUCCCAAGGGUGCCACCAACAUUCUGCGUGCCGACUUUGCCCACGGUACCAGCACUGUCUCUCUCAACAAGCUUUCCGUCUACUGGGGUGAGCCUCCUCGCGAGGACGAUGUCACCACGUGCGACUGGGUUCCUUCUGACAAGGUAUACCGUAUCGACAGAAUGGUGGAUGGCAAGUCGUACGUCACUGAGCUUGAGUACAGACAUCGCCGUGAUCCCGUCAGCACCACCUUCCUCAAGGACAAUGCCGACUUCCGCACUGCCGUCGUUGACGUUCCCAAGGUCUUCUUUGAGAACCCUCUUCUCCUCAAGAAGCCUCACCGCCCGUCCUUUGAUGCCGAUGAUCUCCUCAUCUACCACAGCACACGCCUCAUCCGCCACCUCCGACACAGCACCAUCCCGACGCUCUCUCUCAUGUCGCGAUGGAGCCUGCUCAAGUACUUUGGCCGCACGGUGGAUUUGGCUCUGCCUACUUGGCGUAUCCGUACCGAGCUUUGGCAUGCUUGGCUCAAGGGAAGCAUCGAUGCCCCCAUGGUUUGUUGGCUUGAUGAAGUUAUCCUCCGCAAAGAGCCGCUCUUGUUCCCCUACUGGCGUGCUCGUGAGGCUGGCAAUGUUGAGGCGGCUGUUCGUCUACUCGACCAAAACAUUAGCCAAAUUGCAUCUUCCAUUGAACUUGCCACCGAUGUCGCCGAACUGUGCCUGCUUCCCAUUAAGACCACCGAUCUCUACCACAUGGGUCUUGGUCGAGAUGCGACCGAGAUUACCACUCGCCCUCAGGACUGCUACUCCGAUACCAAGGAUCGUGUGUCCGUCAUUGUCAACGAUAUUGGAUGCUGGCCCGAAUCUCCUGGUGGCGUGUCCAACUGCAGACGCGAUCUUGUCAAUGGCCACAGCACCAUUCGUAACCACGUCUUGGCCGAGUGCGCCAACGACUACGGUAUCCCCCGUUUCCAGAUUGAAAAGAAUGUGCAGUCGCUCAAGCUUCUUCCUCUCUGGGGUCUUGACGACAAGACUGCCUACCACGGUUUGACCGAGAACAUCCUCCAGUCUCAAGUCGAUGUCAAGAUUGGCAACACAGACAAGCAGCGUGACAUUCAAGGUGUCUUUGUGCCACUCCUCAUGGACUUUGUCAAGGGAGCCCGUACCAAGACCUACUCUCGCGCUGACCUGAUCAAGUACACCAACGUCUUCCUUUCCAUGGCUAAGUACUACGAGCAAAAGGAUUACAACCUCACCUGGAACUCUCAGAUUGUAGCGGAUGCCUGGGCGGAUGCCUGGCUGGUCCCCUACGAUGACCCCAACAUUGCCGACCCUGUCGAGCACUUUGAGUUGCAGCGACCCAGUCGUCACGACUUCCGCGAGGCAAUGGGCAUCUACAUGGCGUACUUCUUCAUCUUCUCUGUCCAGAUCCCCGAGGAAUGCCCCCGUGUCUUCCAGAGUACCCAUCACGGUAUCAGCAGUUUGUUUGGUAUGAUCCUCAAGUACAAGCGCGGUGUUACCUUUGGUAUCUGGGACCACGCAAUCUUGUGGCGUGAGACCUGCCUGAACAUCUCGCCUGCGCAGUGUGAGCUCUCUAUUCCCGUGCAGUCCAUGCUUCUUGGCGGUAUCCGCUUGGCUUCGCGACUGUCCUACUUCCACGCUGACAUGAUUGUGCCUUGCACUUCGCUCUUCAACCCUAUGUGGGAGGCCGACAUUGGUACUGAUCGUGGAAAGUUGAGCAACAAGAACGAAUUCGUUCGCAAAAUUGAUCCCAUUGUCAACGGCAUCAGCAACAUGGACUCCUUCACUCCCGUCAAGGCUACCCGCACUGAUAAGCCCACCGCAGUCAUGUUGUCCAAUGUCCAGUUCAUCAAGGGUAUCCGUACUGCCAUUGUUGCAGCUGAUGUCAUUGUUAACCGCUACGGCUUCAAGGACUACAAGCUUCUCAUUUACGGUGCCAAGGAUCGCCAGCCUUCCUACGCGCUCGAGAUGGCCAAGCUCAUUGUCAAGUGUGGUCUUUCAGAGAAUGUCGUCCUCGCUGGCUUCGGUAAGCCCGACCAGGUUUUGCAGGAUGCUUGGAUCUUUGUCAACUCGUCCAUCUCCGAAGGUCUUCCUCUUGCCAUUGGUGAAGCUGCUCUCGCUGGUGUACCUAUUGUCGCCACUGAAGUCGGUGCCACCGCACUGGUCAUUACCGAUCCUGAUAACCAAGACGAGCGUUAUGGUGAAGUUGUUGCUCCCAAUGACCCUGUCGCCCUCGCCCGUGCUCAGCUCCGCCUGCUCUGCAUGGUCGGUCCUUGGGCCAAGUUCACCAGUGAUGAGCCUGAAGGCGGUAUUGACUUGCCUGAAGAGUUUGCCCCAGAAGACGUUACUUCACUCUCCAAGCGCAUGGAGCAAAAGAGCGAUGACCGACAUAAGCUUGGUCUCUUGUCUCGCGAAGUUGUCAAGCGCAGUUUCCACGGCCAUCGCUACUUGCGUGAACAUGAGCAAAUGUACUGGGUUCAGUGGCAUCUUGCUCGCAUGAGAGCCAACCCUGCCUUGAACCGCAGAACUCGCAUUGCCUACCGCUUCAAUGCCAACCCCCCUCUUAUGUACAUGGAGACUCCCAUGCCAGACGACAUUGACGUCGACAGUGUUAUUGAAACUGAUAUUGCUACUCUCAACGGCACCAACAGUAGUCGCAACUCCGUCUACGAAGGCGUCAGUCCUCCACGAAGCGAGAAGCGCUUUGGACUUUCGCGCUUGUUACUCAAGCAGCCCCUCAUUGAACCCUACUCGCCUACGCCCUCUAUCAAGGGCAGAACAAACUUCGAGAACUGGGCCCCUGGUUAAUUCGACAAUAUGUCACCCAGGGUGCAAAGUCUCAUUUGCUGGAUAUAAUUUUCACUCUGCACAUCUCUGUUUAUUUCUCGUUCAUCUUUUUCAUGAAUAUUUGCAGCAUUUUCAUUGGAGUUUAUAAUUUCCUCUUUCUGUCAUAUACUACCAGCGCUACAGCGCCGACACAUUCUCGUGUCCUUCCUACUUUUUAUUUUCUAAUUAGAGAUAUACCCACCAACAUAGCUUAGAAAUUUACCCUUUGUCUACUCAAAAACAUGUCUCAUUCUGCCCAUGUGUAUGUGAAUGUGUAUGUGAUUCUUGAGCCUCAAAAACUUUUUUCACGUAGAAGCACCCAUUAGUUUAGCUUCG